AUGUAUCUAUCUCAUAGCUCUUGUCCAUUCAUAUUAUUAUUAUUCAUUGAAGCAAUUGUUUGUAUUUAUAUAUCCUCUCGUUUUAUCGAUCUUAUCAUAUCAUACCACGUCGGUAAACGAAUUAAACGAGUAAGUGCAACGCAUAGUUUUUCGUUGUCCACGCCUGAUCAUUGGUGUACAUCCAAUGUUUAUCAGUUACGUGAUGAAACCGAACGUUUACGUUGUGAAUUUAAUAAUCGAUUAAAAUCGAUAUUAUAUUCAACAUUUCUUAACACAUAUUCAAUAACAAUAAUUCCCAUUUUAUUUAGUACUCGAAAAUAUAUUCGUUUUGAUUUUCUAAUGUUAUCUCAAUUUGUCUUUAUCAUUUAUUUAAGUUUAUUUGUAUUAAAAUCUAGUCAUUAUUUACCGGUACAAUUUUUAACUACAUUACAUCGUAAUGCAAAACAUUUAGGACAAUGGAAUAGAUUAACAACAUCUACCGGAACCACAAUACCACAAGUAUGGGAUGAUCAACAAUCAAACUAUGAACAAUAUUCGAUUGUUAAACAUCGACGAGUAUUAUAUCAAUGUAAAAAAGGAACGAAUGCUAAUGAUCAACCAGAUUGUUUUGAAACACCUGAUUAUCCGCUGCCAGAUCAAUAUCACGAAGUUGGUCAUGACAAUACGGAUGCUGUAUCACAAUUUGAUAUCAGUACAAAAGAAAUUCAUGAUACAUUCAAUGGAAAAUAUUUAAAUGGAAACGCCGUUGAUUUUUCCGAUAAUUCAGUAAAAGCACGAGGAUAUGUUCAACACGGUGUUUACCAAAACUAUAGUGAACACGAGUCAGAAACACCUAUAGAACGUUAUAAACGAAUAAUGAGUGAAUUGUCCGUAUUAGAAGCUGAAUUGGGUCAGACAUCAAAAGAUGGGAAAGGUUUAACUAAAGAAGAAAAUGAAAAUCUUAAGGCUGUCGUUAACCAUGUUCAACAAUUACAAGAACAAACAUCAAAAGUCUAUGGUGCAAAAUAUUUAAUUUCUGGAAAUAAUGCAUCGUCAGGAGAUGGAGGAACUGAUACAAGUUCACUAAUAAGCAAAAUAGUAGCUCGUCAAUCCACAUCAACAAAUGCAAAUAAACAAGGGAAAGUAUCAACACCAACAACAAAUGACGAUAAUAAAAGUGGAUCAGAAGCAUUUAAAUUGUAUAUUACACCAACAUCAUCAAUCUCAAACACAACAUUAAGAUUUUCCGAAAUAGAACAAAAAGUAUCGAAAUUAGAAAGUUUGAUUGGGAUAAAUGAACAACCAUUGGCUUGCCUUGAACAUCUAUCAAAUCGUUUUAAUGUACUUGAACAACAAAAUCUUGACCAUAUUGAAAUGAAAUUAUCAAAUGUUUUAACACGUCUAAAUGCUAUUAAUGAAAAAAAGGCUUUAGUUGAUGACCAAGAUAGACAAAGUAAAGCUACAGAGUUAUUUGAUAUGAUGUCACGUUGGGAAAAUAUGGCUGCUAGUUUGCCCGCAAUUGAAGAACGUCUAGUUGUACUUAAUUCUUUACAUCAGCGAGCUCUGUCGCACUAUGAUGCUGAACAACAAGCUCUGAAAGCAUCAUUGGAUUCAAAUGAGCAGUUGUUAAAUAAGUUGAAAACAACAUUUCAUACAAAUUUAGAAUCGUUAAAAACACAAUUGGAAUUCAUUGAUUCUAAAGUAGUUAAUAAGAAAUAGAUAGCAGCAAACGAAGUUCAUUAUUUUUGGUUCAUGACGCACGUAUUUUUUAUCAAUGGUUUCUGGAUUAUUGGCUUUUGCUUCCGACGGUUUCUUUUGUUUUUGUUUCUAUUCAGAUACACUUUUUUAUAUAAGCACAAAUUUUUUCUCAUUAAACAAAUGUGGUUGUUAUUGUUUUGGUUGUUUUUUUUCUUUAACAUGGCUCAUUGGCAUAAUAUUUAGUCGAAAAAAAAAUCAGAUUUAAUAAAAAAUUAUCAUGGUUGUUAUAUUUGUAAAAAAUGUGAUGAUUGUUGUUGCAUUACAAACACAUACAAAACAUUUUUACAACAACAAGUUCAUCAAUGACCCGGCCGAACCAAUCAUCUAUGUAUUGAUCUGAAUUUUCAAAAGUUUUCUGUAUUCGUUUCGUGAUUUUCAUAUAUUAUUAUUGACUACAACCGUUAUAAUUCAGUACUGGCAACAGUUACCUAGGGCAGUCCAAAAGUAGUGGUUUCAAUAUUAUAUUACUCCACGGAAAGCUUACAUAAAAUUCCUUCCCAUAUGUACUUGUAGUAUCAACAGUGCUCUAUAUUUCUUCAGUGUACCAUCCUUUACCAUUUGCUAUUGUUAUAUGAGAAAAGUCCGACGCCAACUAUGCACCCAUGUUUUAGAUGAAUAAACAAAAGUUUCGUUUCUACAUUAAAAAGUACAUGACCUCUACAUGACCUUUCUUUGCAAAGUUGUAGAAUUUACAAGAGAAGCCCUAACUCACGAGGAAAGUACCCCAACUGAUAAAUCGCUUUUUCAACGAAACCGAGUGGACUAUAGGUAGUCGACGAUACUGAUUCCGAAUAUCACCAUGAAUGCUGCUAGGCCUUCAGAGACCGGUCUUCUGGAAAACCAAUUUUCGAGAAACUCUAAACAACAACCAAAAGCUUUCUUAAUGAGGCGUAAUUGUAGUCCAUAAAUUUCUGAUUAAAACGAGGCAUCUCCCAGCUCUACACGACCUUUCUUUGC